UGUAAUGGCGGAGAGGCUCUUUGGCAUUCUGGCAUAUGUAACAUCUUCUGAGCUGCCGCAUUAUCGCAUGCUUUCAUUAUUUGGAGAAUCUAGGAGGAAGCAAUUCCAUUAUCUGCUGGAGGGAAAGGGAAAGAAAUCUGGGACUGGGAGUGAGGAAAGUGAUAACAGUAGAAAAGGAGGGGAAAGCACAAAUCGAGCAACAUUGAAUUACACGACGAAGGAUAUUCAUAUGGAAAAGCUGGAGGAAAUCAAGGAAAGAAAAACAUUUUGCCAGACAUACGUCGAGAACUUAGUGAAAGAAGCAGCUGACAUCAAUAUGAAAAAUGAGUCGUUGCAGAAGCUCUGGCCUCAAAUGUUCAUUGAACUUGUCAGAGAUGCAGUGAUAGAAAUACGCAAUAAAAAUUCCUACAUGAAACUCUGCUUACAGCGGAUCACUGAUCAAAAACAGUAGAGUCAAGGCUUGUUGUCUUGCAAGCUUUUGGGUUCAGUAUUCUAUGAUGUUCUACAAACUUAAAAUAACAGAAUAUAAAAUGACCAUCGCUAUGGCAUGCUUCACACACGCAUCCCUCCCCCAAAAGGAUGCCUUUAAAUCUUAAUUAACUCUUGAUAGUUUGGAGUAAAAGUUUACUUGCAUACUGCUUUAACAAUGCUUCCUUGGCUCAGGUGAUGAGACAGCAUAGAAAUAACUUGGUGACUGUCAUGUUUUACUAAGUUCUUGUUUAUUUUUUUUCUGCUACCCUUGCUUCUCUAGUACU